CGAGUAAAGUGUGAGUCAGAAAGCCGCGUAUCGCGACAAAGCUAGGGGAGGCCGUAGCCCGACUGCAAGGUCUGCACCGCACCAGCCAACGACAGAGUAGUCGAAGUUGAGUUUCAGUCAGUGACGGGUUGUGUCUCUCUAGUGACGUAGCGAAUAGUUUUCUUUUCCCCCCGUUGUGUUCAAAAAUGAGCUGGCAGGAUUACGUUGACAAGCAAUUGCUCGCUUCGAGAUGUGUUACGAAAGCAGCUAUAGCUGGACACGAUGGAAAUCUAUGGGCGAAAUCGGAAGGUUUCGAAGUGAGUAAAGACGAGCUGCUGAGGCUGGUCCAGGGCUUUGACAAACAAGACAUUUUGACGUCAUCGGGUGUUACCUUGGCGGGCAACAGAUAUAUCUACUUGUCCGGUACGGACCGGGUGAUCAGGGCGAAAUUGAACAAGGUCGGUGUCCACUGCAUGAAGACGACGCAGGCGGUUGUAGUUUCGCUAUAUGAAGAUCCAAUCCAGCCGCAACAAGCUGCCUCAGUCGUCGAGAAACUUGGCGACUACCUUGUGUCCUGUGGCUAUUAGAAACCGGAACCUGACGACUGGCGUCAGCUGUUCGCUCUAUACGGAUCUAGUUCUGCAAUUUCUGUCGAAUCAGCAGUGACGCGAGAGACCUUAGAUUAACGCGACGCACUUCAUACUUAAUGCAAUAACGAAAAGAAACAUAAAUUGUGUUAGAUUUUAGUUUUAACUGUUAUAAAUUGAAAGAACGCACACAACAGUGAUACAAAUCAAUUUCUUACAAUUACUUAUAGUUGUCGGAUAUACGCGCUAAAUAAAUUCACGCAAUGCACAAUUUCUUUCUUCAUUUUUAUACGUACGUUGCAUUGAAAGAUAUUAUAA